AUGACAGGUCAUAAACACUCUUUUAAUGUUACUUUUGUAUAUGGCCGAAACACAUUGGAGGAAAGGAAGGCCUUAUGGCAAGGUUUAUCUCAGAUUGUUCGUCCAAUUUUCUUUUGGAUGAUUUUAGGCGACUUUAAUGCUAUUUUUACAGCAAGGGAUAGAAGUGGGGGAAAACCAGUUUCUCAUAUGGAACUUGUAGACUCUACUCAUUGGAUUGCUAUGAAUCAUUUGGAAGCUCUAAAAAUUAAUGGAUCCUUUUUUACAUGGACCAACAAUCAAGAUGGAGCUGCUCGUAUUUACUCCAAGAUAGACCAUGCUUUUAUAAAUGAGGAAUGGUUGGAUGGAUUUCCCAACACUUCAGCUGUGUAUAAUUGGGAAACAGUUUCAGACCAUUGCUCGUGUACCAUUUCUGUUAUGCCAGUAGAGAAUAUGGGUAUAAAGCUUUUCCGGUUCUACAAUUUCUGGACUGAACAUGUAAACUUUAAGCAAUUGCUUUUAGACAAUUGGAGGCAGCCGAUGAAGGGGACAGGAUUGAAGUCUAUUUUUUUGAAGACAAUGAGACUAAAGCAUAAAUUAAAGAGAUUCAACAUGGACUAUAUUGGAGAUAUAGGAGUCCAUUUUCAAAAAGCAAAGGACCAAUUUCAGGAAGCUUUAUUUCUUGCUCAACACCAUUCUAGCAAUCUUAUGUUUCAAGACAAUGUUAAGAUUACAGCUGAAAAUUUCAGAAUUCAAGAGCAAAGAUAUCACAGUUUUUUGACUCAAAGAAGUAAGAUAAAUUGGCUGAGAUAG